UAAAUCUCGAUCGCCGUUCACGGCCUUCGGAGCGUUUGCCGGCGCGGCGCAAGGGCGAAUUCAAAAUGCCGUGGAAAGGGUUGGAAUGUUCGAUGCGCGGGAAACGACGGAGGAGGAACGAUCGACCCUCGAUCGAUCGCAAUUGGAUUUUCGCGCGGGUAGUGGGGCGUCUAUUUGAAGCGUCGUCGCGACACCGCCGCCGUCGCCAUCGCCGUCGCCUGUCGCCGACGCCUGUCGCCGACGCCACGCUGUGGUGCAAUGCCGAGAGCCAGCGUCGCGGCGCGGCGACGGGUCGUAUCACGGGGAAAGGUGAAGCGCCGAGUCGAGGCGUCCAGAGUACUAGAAGAGGAGCCGCCGCGGCCGAGAGUUUCUAUGCCGAUCGCGUUCCCGUGGCGUUUCGAACUUUCAGCAGUUCGCGAACCGGAGUUCCUCGGGUGACCGACGAAUCGCGCCGCACCCCCAGAACUUGAACCCUUCGCUUCGGACGGAAUGGCUACGGACGAUCCCCUGCGGAACGAGCCACUGCUCUCCGUCGAGUUCGAGGUGUUUGGCAAGGUGCAGGGUGUCUACUUUCCAAAGUACGUGAGGGAUAUAUGCCUGCAGCUGGGAAUCUGCGGUUGGGUGAAGAACAGCAAGACCGGCACGAUCCUGGGAAAAAUGCAGGGGCCACGGGCGUACGUCGAUCAGAUGGCGCAAUGGCUAACGAACGUGGGAAGUCCUGGCAGCGAGAUCGAUCGCUGCGAUUUCACGAAUUGGGAAGGUGUGAGCAGGCAACAGUACAAAGGAUUCGCCAUACGUUUUUAAUAGGGAAUCGAUCGUACGUUGAUCCGUUGAUUCGUUCGUCGAGAAUGUCCUUUCGCGUAAAAAGAUUUCUGACAAUGUAAAUAAUAUACUCUAUAUGCACUCUGUUCUAUACGAAA